UAAUUCUACAUCAAGUAAAGGUCAUUCAUAUGGAAUCAGAAAAAUGGAUUCAUCUGAUAGAAAUCUAUGGUUACAAGAAUCAGUCCAAGAAGAUUUAAUAAAUGAAAAACCAAAAUCAUGUGCUAACAGUAUUUCAAAUGACGAUUGUAUCAAUAGUAAUAGUCAAUCAAGCGUAAGUCCUACGUUCAAUAUUAUAAGAGCGGAAUCAAAUAUUAACGGUCAAUGUUUGAACGAUAUUGAAACUCAAGACCCUAUAUUAUACAUUGAUAGUGUUUCAAAUUCAGAUACACGUACCAGUAAUUUUCUAUCAACUAAAAAUCAAGCGUAUAGUGUAAGAAAAAUGGAUUCAUUUGAUACGCCAUGGUGGUUAACAGAAGAAAAAAAUGCAUGUACAAGUGAUGAAUCAAAAUUAAGCUCAAAUAUAAUAGAACUUAGAAAAAGUGACCAUUCUCAAACGAAAAGUCCAGAAAUGACGGUAUCAUAUGGAGUUAGAAAAAUGGAUUCAUUUGAUAGCCCAUGGUGGCUAUCUGGAGAUGAGGCUAAACAAGUAAAUUCAUCAAGCGAUACUUCAAUUAAAAACCAAAGUAUUGAAGACAAUUCCAAUGAAUUAUUUCCAUUUAAUUCUGAAAAUGAUGUAAAUAUUAAUUCACGUGAAAAUCAGUGGUGGUUGGAAAAUAGUCUUGAUUCUCAGUUAGAAACCGAUUUGCCUAACUUAAAUGAUAAUAUAAGUGAUAAUCAUUAUUCUACGUCAAUAAAGGAAACGGAUUCAAUUGAUUGGUGGAAAGAAGAUAAAAAAAAUACAGAUCAAAGAAGCACAAGUAUUUCAACUGAUUGGUCACGGGACGUUCCCGAACAAUUUGAUCAACAUAAAAGUACUCCAACAGAUGAUCCUAUUAAAAACAUAACUGGUGUUAGAAAAAUGGAUUCAUUUGAUAGUCCAUCUUGGUUAGCAAGUGAAGAAUCGGAAUCUCAAAGUAAUGAACCUAAACAAACAAGUAGUGGUGAUGCAGCUAAUUCAAGCUCAAAACAAAAAGAGGAAUUAGUUGAUAGUAGUCCUGAUUGGUGGGGAGAAAAAAAUGAAAGUGACGAUUUCGUCAGAACCAAGAGAACUUCUCUUCGAAUAAAGAAAAUUGAGAAUGUUGUAAAUGAAAUUGUAGAAAUACCUAUCAAUAAAAUUAAAAAAGAACCAAAUUUACAAGAUGAGUUGGAUCAGUUAAUGUUGUUUAUUGGAGGUUGUCGAAAUAUUGAUGAACUACUAGGAAAUGAAGAACCUCCACCUGCUGCACCAACAACACCACCAGAUACUGAUUCAGAUGAUUGUGUGGAAAUCAGACCUGACCAAGUACAUAUUCACGAUAGCACAGCUCAGAUGUCGACAAUACAAAAGAAACUUACUACGUUGGACGACGCCGCCCUGCAGCUGUACAAGGACGGCGAUUUCGGAUCUUACCUAGACAUGGAGGCGUCCAUUUCCGAACAACCGGAGGAAUUCGAAGGAUUUCAAAACGAUAAAAGAAACUCGAUUGUCUUGCGCACGCAGUUGUCAGUCAAAGUACACACUAUAAUCGACAAACUGAUGAACUCCGAAGGCAAAGAGCUCCGGAGGUGUUUGUUCGCGCUCAAGCACAUAUUUCAGGAGGAUAAGGAUUUGGUUCACGAGUUCAUACAGAACGACGGGCUGCGGUGUCUCAUCAAGCUGGGAUCGGACGUCGAUCAGAAUUAUCAAAACUACAUAUUAAGAGCUCUCGGACAAGUGAUGUUGUACGUUGACGGCAUGAACGGCGUCAUCGAGGAUAACCCGACCAUUCAGUGGCUGUACUCGUUGCUGACGUCCAGAUUCCGAUUGGUCGUCAAGACCGCGCUAAAGCUGUUGCUGGUCUUCAUCGAGUACGUCGAAUCCAACUGUUUGAUUUUCAUACAAGCCGUACUCGCGGUGCACCAAUCCAAUGGCACUCCAUUGUGGAGUAAUGUUAUGAAACUGCUCACCGAACCCGAUAUGGUCGACACUGAACUGUUGGUGUACGCGAUGACGUUAAUCAACAAGACAUUGAACGGUAUACCGGAUCAAGAUACGUAUUACGAUCAAGUCGAUUCUAUCGAGGAACAAGGAAUGGAACAAGUUAUACAGAAGUACAUGUCGAAGCCGGGAACUGAACUUGAUCUUCUCAGACAACUUCAGAUUUAUGAAGUUGUCCUGCAACACGAAGAUGGAGAUAACAAAUCUACUCCGAUCAGAGUAGACCAUUCAAUCAGAAAAACACUAAGAAAUAGAAAAUCAUUGAAUUCGUCAUUAGAUUCUGUAGAUAGGCGGAAAUCUAGAAGACAUUCAGCUGGUAACACGUGUGUUCAAAUGCCUUUACUUAUGGAAAGACUCGAUAUAAAUCCACCUUUACCAAAACCAAACAAAUUACCUCAUCCAGGUGAAAGUUCUGAAGGUCAAAAUGGAUUACAUCCGUUUAACCUAUCUUUCUGUAAUGGAGACUCGCAAGUUCAGAGAGAGAGCUCGGUAAAAGACUUAACACAAAAGUUGACAAACUUAAGAAGUCCAGAUGAGUCGCCUACCAAACUAGCUCCACCUCUUGAUGAUAUGAGAGGAAUAAUUUCAAAAGCAAUGGAAGGACUUGCCAAAUCUCAGUCAAAAAAUGAAGUAGUGAAGAGUCCGACCUCGGAGUCGGCUAUAGAUAUACUGUCGAGAAAAACUGAGACUGAUUUACAAUGGGAGAGAUUAGUAAGCGAAUGCGAUCGAUCUCUUCAAUUAUGUGACUUAGAUUUCUCUACUCUACACUCUGAUGACGAUUCUGAUGUUUUGGCGUCUUCUUCAUUACUCGGAGGUAUUCCUCCUCCUCCACCCCCUUGUCCUAUGCUACCACCCAUGCAACAGCAUGUUGCAAAGAAAACCAAAAAGACUGUUAAACUAUUUUGGAAGGAAGUUAGAGAUGACCCUAUCGCUAGAGUAAAAUUAAACUCUGAACGUUUGUUAUGGGAAGAAUUAAGUCCUGUUGACGUUGAUACUCAUAAACUUGAACAUUUAUUUGAAUCUCGAGCGAAAGAUUUUAUUACCAAGGAGAAACAACAAGAGAUUAAUAAAACAAAAGAAGUAAUCGUGUUGGACCCGAAACGAUCAAAUGCAAUUAAUAUAGGCAUGACAAAACUACCUCCACCGCGGUCCAUUAAAGCGGCCAUAUUGAAAAUGGAUCCGACAGUCAUAAAUCGAGAGGGAAUAGAGAAACUUAUGACUAUGCUGCCCAGUGAUGAAGAACGAAACAAAAUUCAAGAAGCUCAGUCUGCGUGUCCGGAUUUGCCUCUAGGCAGCGCUGAACAGUUCCUAUUAACACUAGCGUCAAUAUCUGAACUUCCAGCUAGGUUAAAACUGUGGUCUUUUAAAUUAGACUAUGAAAACGUAGAAAAAGAAAUCGCCGAACCACUUAUGGAUUUAAUGCAGGGAAUUGAAAUAUUGAAAACGAACCGUACAUUUAAAGCGAUAUUGGGCACGUUGCUGUCAGUAGGCAUAUUUUUAAACGGAGCUGAAGUCAAAGGAUUUCAAAUUGAAUACCUGGCUAAAGUACCAGAAGUUAAAGACACCGUACAUAAACAUUCUCUUCUCCACCAUUUGUGUCAUAUCGUUAUGGAUAAGUUUCCCGAUUCCACGGAUUUAUAUUCUGAGAUUGGUGCUAUUACACGUGCGUCAAGAGUAGAUUUCGGGGAAAUAGCUGCGACAUUAUCAAAAGUAGAACAAGAAUGCAGGGCGUCCUUCGACCAUUUAAAGACGAUCAGUAAACACGACGGGGCAACUGCUAUAAAAUCUAAAAUGUCAGAGUUUUUGGCCGACUGUGCUGAACGUAUUGUGGUGCUGGGUAAAGUCCACCGGCGCGUUAUGAACCGUUUCAAUAAAUUUUGUCUUUGGCUUGGAAUUCCUCUGCAUAAAGUCCAACUCACCAAGCCAAACGAGUUGUGCCGUAUCGUAUCUGAGUUUUCGCUGGAGUACCGUACCACCAGAGAGCGUGUCAUUCAACAACUGCACAAGAAGGCUAGCCAUCGGGAGCGGAAUAAGACGCGGGGAAAGAUGAUAACGGAAGUCGGAAAAAUCGAUAAACAAGACGCCGAUACUGAACUCAGACAAUUAUUGGACAAAGACUCUUCAAACAACAGGGUGUUCUCGUGGAGGAAUCAGUGUAGACAUUCCUUGGGAAAUACGAACGGUGUUCAUUUAAGCAACGACGACGAUGAACUGAUCGAGAGCCUAGUGAAAACAGUCACUGCCACGUCUGGGGCGAACACGAGAACCACGCAGAGGGAGCGUAAGAGAACUAAAGACGCUCAUAGAAAGUCACUGAUCAAAAGGUCUCGAACUAGGGAUAAUGUACCAAGGCAAAGUAGCAGUCAUUCUCGUAAUUCGAUGUCGUAGUUUUGUGAGGCGUACGUUACGGAACGGUCUGAGCGACGAAGACAAAAAACAUUUGGCAUCAUUCAUAAAGGGCUACUGAACUGUGAUAUCCAUGACGUCAAAUAUCAUACGACUGAUAAUAAUAUUUUAGACGUUUCUUGAUAUAAUUUUCCUAAUUCAUUUUAUUUUUACUUAUAUAUAUAUAUUUAAAACUCAACAAUUAUUAUCAAACUAUUCUUAUAUUUCCUAUGUUUUUUUUUUUUUUGAUCCUUCCUUUUAUGUAUAUUAUUAUUUAUAAUAUAAACAUACUUAAAACGGAAUGUGACAUAAUCCAACUGAAAUGACAGCAUUUAUCAAAUUGAGAAAAAUAAUGUUAGUUGUAUAUGCAUUUAUUGAAAUGUUUUGUAAUGUGUUACAAAAUGCGAAUAAACGUUGUUAAAAAAUCAA